UUGGCAAACAAAAGCAAACUUAAGAUUCACAUGAGGAUCCACACUGGAGAGAAACCAUUCACAUGCACUCAGUGUGGGAAGAGUUUCAGCCAAUCAUCAUCCCUUAAUCUACACAUGAGGAACCACACUGGAGAGAAACCAUUCACAUGCACUCAGUGUGGGAAGAGUUUCAUCCGCUCAUCAUCCCUUAAUCACCACAUGAGUAUCCACACUGGAGGGAAACCAUUCACAUGCACUCAGUGUGGGAAGAGUUUCAGGAUAUCAUCAUCCCUUAAUCUACACAUGAGUAUCCACACUGGAGAGAAACUAUUCACAUGCACUCAGUGUGGGAAGAGUUUCAUCCGCUCAUCAUCCCUUAAUCUCCACAUGAGUAUCCACACUGGAGAGAAACCAUUUACAUGCACUCAGUGUGGGAAGAGUUUUAACAGCUCAUCAAACCUUAAUCAGCACAUGAGGAUCCACACUGGAGAGAAACUAUUCUCAUGCACACAGUGUGGGAGGAGUUUCAUCCACUCAUCACACCUUAAUCAACACAUGAUGAUCCACACUGGAGAGAAACCAUUCACAUGCAACCAGUGUGGGAAGAGUUUCAGCUUAUCAUCAACGCUUUAUAGACACAUGAAGAUCCACACCAGAGAAAAACCAUUCACAUGCACUCAGUGUGGGAAGAGUUUCAGCCAAUCAUCACACCUUAAUAAACACACAAAGAUCCACAUGAGAGAGUAUAUGUGCUUGGAAUGUGAGAAGACUUUUAAUACAGCUGCAGAAUUGAAACGGCACAAGAGGAUUCACACUGGAGAAAAACCAGUGUUCACAGUGCAGUAAGAGGUUUACUCACUUAAGAACCCUGAAAACACAUGAGAGGAUUCACACUGGAGAGAAACCGUAGACAUGAUCAGUGUGUACAGAGUUUCACUCAUUUGGGGCAGCUUAAGAAACACAUAGGAUGGUUUCCGGUAUGGCGUCGACACAUGUAGCAGCAUAGAAAGAGCG